UGUGAUUGGAGCGUUCAGUUCCGGAGCGCUGAGUGCUGCUCUCUCAGAGGCAGAGACAUCUGGAAAAAGAGCUGAGCCCGGAGACGCAAGCAGGGGAGAGUCAAAUUCCCUGCCUGAGCAGACUCAACAAGCUCCCGAGGACGGGGGGAGGUUGUCAGUCAGUCGGCUCGCGAGCUGUCAGAAAGCGGUCACUGUGGUGUCGUGGCGAUAUCGGCAGUGUGUACAGAGUGAGGCUCCCUGCAUCGCUAUUGGCGACCGGAAGCUCGAUGUGGUGCUGAGGACUGUACAGUGAUCGCAAGCGCUUCAGAAUACACAAGCUCUUUCACUUCUGUCUGCUUUUGACGUCUUUUCCACGCCCAUUCUUGCAGUGCAGAAAGACGCUGUGUUUCCUCACGGUGAAGGCCACUCCAAUCAGCUUUCCCCCGGUGGCUGUAAUGCGCUGACACACCAGUAUGGGCAGGCGUUUCCCGGGAGCAUACUACCCUCCUCACAACUCCUUGGACUCCUCUUCAGACGUGAUGUCGGUGUGCGUGGCAUCGAACGCUGGAGCAACAGACGUGGUGAACCGGAACGGCCCGGCCACCCCGCCAAACUCGCUCAGCCUGCGUUCCUCUCACAACGAGCUGCUCAACUCCGACGUCAAGCACUCGGAGGUGAAGGGCACCACUCCUCCGAAGUGCCGGAAGAAAUAUGCCCUCACCAGCAUUCAGAGUGCCAUGGGCCUGAGCGAACCGGCUUCUCAGCCGUUGCUGGGCAACAGUGUCAACUCCAGCUCCUCUGCCAAUCCCAAACUGGCCAAGAAUGGCGAGAACCAGCUCCGUAAGGCAGCAGAGCGCCAGGACCUCAACAAAAACCCGGCUCCCGCCGACGGCCGCAACAUCAUCUCCGAAAAGCUUGAGGGGAAAGAGGGGCCCCACCAAGGUACGGCUCCGCCCCGCAGGACCAAGAGCUUCCUCAACUACUAUGGUGUCCUGGGUGACUCCACUCUGGAGGGACAGCCCCUGCUGGUGGAUCGCAGCAACUCCAACCCGCCCAAGGACCCCCCCAGCCCUGGAGACGAUCCCCCGGCCUCCAAGCACUCCAUUGGGUCGGCCAGCCCCGAGGACAGCCAGAUCUCCGUGAUGUCCUCCUCCAGCCCCGAAACCAAGAAGGAUCAGCCCAAGACGGGGGCCAAAACGGACUGCGCGCUCAACCGCAUCCAAAACCUGGCCCCCAGCGAUGAGGACUCUAGCUGGACAACCCUGUCGCAGGACAGCGCCUCCCUCAGCUCUCCAGAGGAAGCAGAUAUAUGGAGUGACCAGUCAUUUCAGACAGACCCAGACCUACCUCCGGGCUGGAAGAAGAUCAACGACAUCGCUGGGAUCUACUACUGGCACAUACCCACUGGCACCACGCAGUGGCAGAGGCCUGUGGCCCCGUCAGUCGACCCCGAGGGCUUGCGGAAGAGCUCUCUGAGUUCCGUUACCCCGUCACCCACGCCGGAGAAUGAGCAGGCCGCCACGCACCAUGAGGAGUUGUUCUCCCAGGAGAAUCUCUCUGGGAGCGCCACGUCCGAGAGCUCCCUGGAGCCGCCCGCUGUCUCCUCCUCCGAGAUCUCCGUACCUUCCUGUGGAUUCGUCAACAGCUGCUACUUCCCUCACUCAUCGUCAUUACAGAUCAUGGCAGAAAACGAAAAUCAUACCGAGUUCACGCAGGAGGAAGUGAGCAAGAAACAGCCGUGGAGUGAUUUUGCUGUGCUGAAUGGGGGAAAGAUUGAUAGUGAGAUUUGGAAGGAUCUGCAGGCAGCUACAGUAAACCCAGACCCCAGCCUAAAGGAGUUUGAGGGGGCUACCUUGCGCUACGCUUCCCUGAAACUGCGACAUCCGCCACAUUCAGAUGAAGAGGACACCUGCAGCAUUAACAGUGAUCCUGAAGCUAAGUGCUUUGCGGUGCGCUCUCUGGGCUGGGUGGAGAUGGCUGAGGACGACCUGGCCCCAGGGAAGAGCAGCGUGGCCGUGAAUAACUGCAUCCGACAGCUGUCGUACUGCAAGAAUGACAUCCGGGACACCGUGGGCAUCUGGGGAGAGGGCAAGGACAUGUACCUGAUUCUGGAGAACAACAUGCUGAACCUGGUGGACCCCAUGGAUCGCUCCAUUCUGCACUCUCAGCCCAUCGUCAGCAUCCGCGUGUGGGGCGUGGGCCGGGACAAUGGCAGAGAGAGAGACUUUGCCUAUGUAGCAAGGGACAAAGACACCCGGAUACUAAAAUGUCAUGUGUUCCGAUGUGACACCCCAGCAAAAGCCAUCGCCACAAGUCUUCACGAAAUCUGUUCCAAGAUUAUGGCAGAACGCAAGAACGCCAGGGCUGUGGCCGGCAGCUCAUUGCAGGAGCGAAUUCAAGUGGGCUUGGAUGUUCCUCUCCAAGAUUUCCCUACGCCAAAGACCGAGCUGGUGCAGAAGUUCCACGUGAUGUACCUGGGAAUGAUGCCUGUUGCCAGACCAAUAGGUAUGGAUAUCCUGAAUGGAGCCAUCGACAGCCUCAUGGCCUCCUGUGGCAAAGAGGAUUGGAUGCCAGUUAUCAUGAACGUCGCUGAUGCCACAGUCACAGUCAUCAAAGAAAAAAAGGAGGGGGAGGUGCUGGUGGAGUGCCGUGUCCGCUUCCUGUCCUUCAUGGGAGUGGGGAGAGACGUGCACACCUUCGCCUUUAUCAUGGACUCGGGAAACCAGCACUUUGAGUGUCACGUGUUCUGGUGCGAUCCCAACGCUGGGAGUGUAUCGGAGGCUGUACAGGCAGCUUGCAUGUUGCGGUACCAGAAGUGUUUAGUGGCGAGGCCUCCCUCGCAGAAGGCCUGCUCGGCCACCCCGCCAUCAGACUCUGUGACCCGGCGGGUCACAACCAGCGUGAAACGAGGGGUGCUGUCCCUCAUUGACACUUUGAAACAGAAGAGGCCCGUAGCAGAACUGCCCCAAUAAAUUGGUGUAUGUGCAGCUGGAAAAGCAAUUCACGGCCACCCUGACGCACAGUCACUGCGUGUGUGAGGAUACUUCAUAGCCACCGGAACACGCUGACAUUCAGCAUUCCUUCUCCUUCACCGCCGGCUCUAAUGUCUCCAGUGCUUUGUCCUGCUAUGUGUACAGCAAGCAUGUUCCCACAUUCUAGCCUUCAUAAUGUGAUAUGAAGAGGUGCAUGAUAAGGUUUUUCUUUUACGAUUUUGUUUUUAUUUUGCUUCGCUGUUCAGACAAACGAGCACCUUUUUUAAACAUGUGAACCGUCUUUGAAUAUAUAUGUUUUAAUUUCUUUCACGUUGGCUUUAAUGGACUUGGUACACUCGUAUGGAGCACUCGUAUGGUCUUCCCUGGUGCCCUUCUGAAAAAGCCUUUUGUUACUACUGCUUUUCUUCCUCGCCUGUCACCCAGACUGCAGUAGAUUGAGAAUGAUAAUUUAGUCUGGUGCAGCUGCUCAUUUCUGGCUGCUCACCGCAUCAGCGUUCCCUUUCAUAUCUUUUAAUUUUCUCCGCCUGCACAUUUCACCUUGAGAAACAGAAGAAAAAAUACUUUGGAAACCGUUAGGGUGAAAAUGAAUUGGAGAUACAUUUGCUUUCCUUUAGGUCUUCAAUAUCUGUCCUGCCUGCUGCUCGUAGACAUUGUCUCUGUGGAGCCUGUCUCUCCUAACAGGCAAAGUGGAGCCUAGGAAACUUUAUUUAGCCCAGCGUUAUUUAUUUCUUGCACCAGUUGGAAUAAAACUAGAGGGAAAGCCAUGGAGAUAUUCGCUAGAAGUCUGAGUGCUUAAAAUAACCUGUCCUAGCCUGUCUAUAUACUGAAGAAGCUCGAGUCGGUAGCUGUGUCAGCAUACGUAGGCUGCAAAGGAAGGAGUAAAGGUUUAUUCCAUGCUGUAAAGAGAAGAAAAGAAACACGACGUCUCGGCUGUGGGACCUUCUUCAGGUGCGAGAAAGGAAAACCUUUACUUGUUCCAUUGCUGUACAUAUACUGUUAGAACAGCAUGGUCAGUGUUUCUUAAAACUCUGUUGAGAUGGGGGUGAUGUCUUUGAAUGUGUUUUUUUUUUUCCUCUAGUUGCUCUGAUAUGUCUGUGAAUUUGACUUGCUGGAGGGUGUCCGCAGUGCUCUGAUCUUUCCCGUCACUUGCUAAUGUAUCUCUGUGUCUUAGUUUUUUUUCGGGAGGAGGGGGUAGGGGCUGUUGUCACGUUUAAGCUCUUCCACACAACAUCUCAGAGAGUCUCAGCUCCCAGAACCUGAUGUUGAAGGUCCGUCUCCACCAGGACACGAUUUCGAUUGGACGACGGACUGUCGUCACCUUGUUAAUAUUACUUGAAUUUCCAGUGCAUAUCUGAACACUCAGACCCCUUCAUCACAGUGCUUGCACUCUUCCUGACAUUAGCUGUUGAACCAGCAAGGAAACGAAACCUUUUUUUCUUAAAACCAGUUCAAAGGUUGAAACAAUGUGAAAAGGGUGUGUGUAUAAAGGAGUUUUGCUUACCUAUAUCGCAGUUUCUAAGCUGGUUUCGUUUUGUUUUUUUUCUACUUAAAAGCCUUGAAACAUGUUUGUCCAACACUUUACUCACUCAUGGCCAAAGUGUAAUGUUUAGAUGUCUGUGUUGUAGAUAAAAAAAAAGAGAAAACUUGUCAAUAUGAUUUUAUUUACUGUGGUUAGGCCAAUUAGUUGUAGUAAGACUAGAGUUAACCAAGCGUUAUCUAUGCAUUCUUUAUACGUAUAUAUAGCGAUUCUCAAAGCAGACAGCCAAGUCACUUUGCCUUGCAUGUCCCGUGACAAUUUAAAAACGUUUAAAAAAAAAGACUUGAGAGAAAUAUUUUUAUUUUAUUUAUUCUAUUUUAUAUUGAAGUAUACCGGUUUAUUAUGUUUGGAGGUAUUGCGUUUAAUGUCUGAUCUCUCUCUCUCACACAAUGUAGUCAGCACUAAAUCAAUGUUCUGCCUGUGCUAGUCCAGCAGUUUUGCAGAUAAAGGAUCAUUACCGUGCACAUCAGAUCCCAGAUGACUGCAGCUUAGCUGUAGCUGGUAGGGAGAAGGGAGCUCUGGUAUGUGCCCUUUUGUUCUUCCAAGUGUGAAAAUUCUGCACACACUGAGAAUAUAGGUAAUUUCUCAGACAAGUGCCAUAGAUAUAGAACCAUUUUUGUUUCUUGUUUUGCCUCGUGUAGAUCAGGUGUUCCCAAUCCUAGUCCUGCAGGCCCAGACCCCUACAACUAUUUAUUCCCUACCAAGCUUAAUUACUUAAUUGUUGCCUUAUUUAAACGAACAAAUUGCUCCGUGGGUACAUCGGCAAGUUCUGUUUUUCUACUCACGAACGUUUAGAAUCGUUCAACUUCUGGCGGUUUAGGCUUAGGGAAGAAAUUAAACGGUCAUUUCCAAGAGCUGGGUACGCUUUCGAUUCGUCCCGUUAUUAAGUCACUCGAGGGUUCAGCUGUUUAACUCGGAGCUCGGCUGGAGCAGGACUGGGAACCCCCUGCUGUUGAAGGCAGACACUUAUUUCUCCUCAAGCAAAAAUUCCCGUUUAGUGCUGUUCGUUGCAGGGUACAGUAACUAAAAGAUUGAGUGUAUAUAACAUGCAUUACAGCCCCGAAGACUCCCAAGUAUAGGGGAGCGUACCUGCAAUGUGAAACCUUCUUCAGUGGUAGAGGUGUCUAUAGGGGGGGGGUCUAUAUGUUUUUACUGAAGGGUUAAGGGAGGUGGGGGAAGAUUUGAGGGGUGUGUGGCUUUUUAGGGUGGGUUAGCUUUCAGAAAGUCCCUUCCGGCGUUUGAACAUGGCUGCCGUCAUAUUGAUGGCACUUUUGACCGGCAUGUCUGGGUGGUUCUGCAAGAAGGGGGGGAGUCAAGCCACACCUGCCCUCAUUCCAAGAGGCCAUGAAACUGCUGGGAGACGCGCGCCUUUGAAUAGGUCACACAUCAGACGCCAUUGUGAAUAGCAAGCAUAUCACACAAAACCAAGGGCGUUGCAGUCCUACAGCCUGGUUGGAGAUGGUUCUCAUUUCACUUCUGUAUAUUUGGGUCUGGACGUUAAGUUGCUCUUGAUUAAGUAGUAGCAUUCAAGUGCUCGAAAUAAAAUACUCAAGCCUGCUAGGAUGUAAUGCAGCUGAUUUACAGUAAAAAAAAAAAAAGUUGGUUUCUUCUGCUGUUCACUAAUUUUACACCAUAUAAAUGUAAUCUGUUGUGAGAAUAAACUGCAUAUUAAAAUACA